CGGAUGUAGGAUGUUCGCUGGACUUUAGCUCUUCUAGACUUCAUGACGUGUUUGCAGCUGUAAAAGCCAAGAUGACUCAAGUAAGCCAUCAGCAAUGGGGAACAGUGAGCGGUGUGGGCAGCGUGGACAUGUGGGUUCUCCAGUCCUCCAUGGUGCAGGUGGAGGUCCUCACUCUUGGUGCCAUUAUAAGGUCUGUGAACUGCAAAGGGAAGAAUAGUAAGAUGGAGGAUGUAGUCCUGGGCUAUGAUGAUCUGGAAGGGUACGUGUCAGAUAAACGAUAUCUGGGUGCUGUGGUGGGCCGUGUAGCCAACAGGAUUGCUCGGGGACACUUUGUAGUUGAAGGAAAAGAGUACCAGCUUGACAUCAACAAUGGACCUAAUGCGCUACAUGGAGGUCUACGGGGCUUCAAUAAGGCUAUCUGGCUUGCUACAGAGGUGGAAGGUGGUGUGAGCCUGAGUCUUACCAGUCCAGAUGGAGACCAGGGCUAUCCUGGUGAGGUUCAGGUCUCCGUCUCCUACACUCUACAGACCAGGAGUCGAACCAGGGGCGAGGACCUCUUCAGGCAGACCAGGGGUCGAACCAGGGGCGAGGACCUCUUUGUGCAGAUCAGGGGUCGAACCAGGGGUGAGGACCUCUGUAGACGGGCCAGGGACGAAGACCUCUGCAGAUGGGCCAGGGAUGAAGACCUUUACAGAUGGGCCAGGGACGAAGAACUCAGGCGGACCGGGAUCUUCUGUGAUCGGGCCGGGAGCGAAGACCUUAGACGAGCCAGGAGCGAGGACCUCAGGCGGGCCGGGAUCAUCUGCGGUCAAGCCAGGAGCAAAGACCUCAAGUGGACCAGGAUCAUCUGCGGUCAAGCCAGGAGCAAAGACCUCAAGUGGGCCAGGAUCUUCUGUGGUCGAGCCAGGAGUGAAGACCUCAGGCGGGCUGAAAGCGAAGACCUCAGCCGUUGA